AUGAUCGAGGAGUGCAAAGAGAUUGUUCUCUUCGGGGACUUGACCUGUGACUCGGUCGCGGGUCUUCGAGCCCUGGUCAAUAUUAAAGACAAUCCUCUUUUGACCUCCUUCUUCGAACGAGUUACAGCCGGUCUUCGAGAGGAAAUUGGUUUUCUUCCGUUCUCGCAGCGUCAACGAUUCGUCCGAUUUACCAAAUUUGAGGAGCUUCUCGCUAGAGCCCAGCGCUCAGCUUGUCCCCAUCCUGGACUUGAGAAGGCGUUAGCGUGCACCUAUCAACUGGCAUGCUUUAUCAGGCAAUACACCUCUCCCGGCCGCAAGUAUCCCUCGAUUCAUCGGACUUGCCUCAUAGGUCUUUGUACUGGUCUCCUCAGUGCAGCGGCUGUGGGGUGUUGCGAGAGCAUCACAGACCUCCUCCCCCUGGCGGCACACACAGUACUUAUAGCGUUUCGCGCGGGUCUAUUUGUUGCCGAUGUGCGAGACAGACUGGAGCCGCCGACUGGGUCACCCGUGGCGUGGAGUGUUCUGAUUCCUGGCUUAGAUGGUGACACAGCUGUCUCGAUCUUACAGAGGUAUAGUGAGGAGAAGGGCCUUCCCGCUACAUCAGCCCCAUACAUCAGCACAUAUGCCAACACCGGAGUUACUCUGAGUGGUCCACCGAGCGCACUUAAUGACCUUCUUAAUUCAGGCUGCUUCCCAAAGAACCGGUCACUUGCUAUUCCUAUAUACGCCCCGUACCACGCUUCUCACCUCUACGGACAAAGCGACAUAGAUAAUAUCCUCCGAAAGGCUAGGGCGACGCAGUUUGCCUCAUACCAGUGUCAAUUCAGUGUUUUAUCAUCCAUCACUGGACAGAGCAUCGGGGUCGAGACAUACGGAGCAUUAAUUGGUCACGCACUGAAUGAAAUUCUCCGGGAGCCACUUCGACUGGACCGCAUCGUCUCUUCGCUAGGUGAGACCUUGCUAUCAGAAUCGCCCGUAAGAAGCUGCACGAUCCUUCCCAUCGCCACACUCGUUGGCCAAAGUUUCGCUGCCGCGCUCCGAAAGCAAGGCGUUCCGGAUAUAAUCGUAGACCCGUGCAUGAACUCCAGUGUUGCUGUGCAGGAUGAUCGAACAUCCACCACUGGACAUCUAGGUCAUUCUAAACUAGCCAUCAUCGGAUACUCUGGCCGGUUUCCUGAUGCCAAUAAUACCGAGGAGUUCUGGCAACUACUUCACGAAGGCCGCGACGUCGCCAGCAUAACACCCAGUAAUCGUUGGGAUGUUAAAACGCAUGUGGAUCCGAGUCUCAAAAGGAAGAAUACAAUGGGCACGCCGUAUGGAUGCUGGCUGAAGGAGCCUGGCCUUUUUGAUGCCAAGUUCUUUUCUCUAAGUCCUAGAGAAGCACCGCAGGUUGAUCCUGCGCAGCGUCUCGCGCUUAUGACCGCGUACGAGGCAAUGGAAUUUGCGGGAUUUGUGCCGGACUCAACACCUUCCAGUCAAUCUGAUCGAAUUGGAGUUUUCUAUGGCACCACGAGCAACGACUGGGGUGAGACAAAUAGCUCGCAGGAUGUUGAUACAUACUACAUUCCUGGCUCAUGCCGAGCUUUCAUACCAGGACGCCAAAACUUCUUCUACAAAUUCAGCGGUCCAAGCUACAGCGUUGACACAGCCUGCUCUUCGGGGCUAGCCGCCCUCCACCUUGCCUGCAACUCACUGCUCAAAGGUGACAUCGACACAGCCAUUUGCGGUGGAACUAAUGUUCUUACCAAUCCUGAUAUCACCGCCGGCCUUGACCGUGGGCACUUCCUCUCCCGAACAGGAAACUGCAAGACCUUCGACGAUGAUGCAGAUGGAUAUUGUCGUGGAGAGGGUGUAUGUACAAUGAUCAUUAAACGACUAGAGGAUGCCAAGGCAGAUAAUGACCCCAUCGUCGCUGUGAUUCUUGGGGCCUACACCAACCACUCUGCUGAGGCGGAGAGUAUUACUCGGCCGCAUAUUGGGGCGCAGAAGGCUAUCUUCGAGAAGGUGCUUACUUCGGCUGGCGUUGAGCCUUAUAGCGUGGGGUAUGUGGAGAUGCAUGGUACUGGGACUCAGGCUGGUGAUGCUAGGGAGAUGAAGUCUGUUUUGUCAAUCUUUGCGCCUGCGACAGAAAGGCCGCGUACUGAUGCUGAGAGACUGUUCUUGGGCUCUGCGAAGGCUAAUGUUGGUCAUGGGGAAUCGGUAUCUGGCCCUAUUGCUAUGAUCAAGUCGCUCAUGAUGUUGGAACGGAACGAAAUACCUCCUCAUUGUGGAAUCAAGACUAAGAUCAACAGUGGCUUCCCAACGGAUCUUACGGAGCGGAAUGUGCACAUAGCUAAGAAGCCCGUUCCGUGGGAAAGACCCGAAGGUGGUGUUCGCCGAAUUAUGAUCAACAACUUCUCCGCUGCUGGGGGCAACAGCUCUGUCUUGAUCGAAGAUGCGCCAGUCUUUGAGCCCAAAAGCAACGAGGCCGAUCCUCGCGCUAACCACCUCAUAGCUGUCAGCGCCAAGUCGAGUACUGCGUUGGUAGCUAACAUCAAGUCCUUGCUGUCAUACAUGACUACUACAAAGCCAGCACUCCCCAGUCUAUCAUACACAACGACCGCCCGCCGCAUGCAUCAUCCAUUUAGGAUCAUGGUAAGUGGGUCAGAGCUGUCUGAGGUCCAGGCUCUACUAGAGAACAAGCUCGUGUCUCCUACGGUCCAAAGCCGAACCAGGGCCGUCCAGCGUGUUGCAUUCGCAUUCACCGGCCAGGGAUCGCAAUACAUUGGCAUGGGUGAAAGUCUAAUGCACUUCAGUACCUUCCGCAGCGACAUCGAGCGAUAUGACGGCAUCGUACAAACACUUGGUUUCCCUUCCUUCUUGCGGCUGAUGGAAUCAGGAAAUGGAGAUAUUUCGGACCUUCCUCCACUGGUCGUUCAGGUCGGAACGGUAUGUAUCCAGAUAGCCAUGGCACGUCUAUGGCGAUCUUGGGGAAUAGAGCCCUGUGCUGUGGUGGGUCAUAGCCUCGGUGAAUAUGCAGCACUGAACAUCGCUGGCGUACUUUCUGAAGCAGACACCAUUUUCUUGGCUGGGAAGCGGGCGCAACUGCUGCAGGAUGAAAUUUCAGCGAAUAGCCACGCCAUGCUUGCUAUCGGCACUAGUGUGGACGAAGCGAGGUCCCUGUGUGAAGGUCUGGAAUACGACGUCGCAUGCAUCAACACACCAAGAGAGACCGUCUUGAGUGGGACGAAUGAGCAGAUCGACCGGAUACUCGAUGUACUGUCUCCUACGAACCUCAAGAAGACUAGACUUCGUGUUCCAUUUGCAUUCCAUUCUUCCCAGAUGCAGCCCGUGCUUCAGAAGUUCAGGGCCGCUGCACGAGGUGUUAAAUUCUACGAGCCAAAAGCUCCUGUCAUCUCGCCUCUCCUUGGAGAGGUCGUCACCUCGAAGCAACCAUUUGGACCAGAAUAUCUAGCUCGCCACUGCAGAGAAACUGUCAACUUUGCCGCUGCACUCGAAAGUGCAAAGACGGAUGGAGUCAUCAGCAGUGCACUGUGGAUCGAGAUAGGAGCCCAUCCCAUUGUGUCAGGAUUACUGAGAAACAAUCUCGACUCAACAGUCAAGACUGUUCCAACCCUGCAGCACAACAAGGACACCUGGAAGGCACUUACUGUCAGUCUGUCUACUUUGUAUGAGUCUGGUGUCGACAUCAGAUGGUCCGAAUAUCACCGCGACUUCAUCCCGAGUCUUUCUGUCCUACGACUCCCAUCUUAUAACUGGGACCUCAAGGAAUACUGGAUGCAAUAUGUCAACGACUGGUCCUUGUACAAAGGGGAUGCACAGUUCCUAAAGGGGGCACCUGGGCUAUCGACUACCUGCGUCCAUAGGCUCGUCGAGGAGAAGGACGGCAGCAAAAUCACCGUUGUGGGUGAGGUGGAUGUCCUCCGCGACGAUGUGGACCCGUUUGUUCGUGGCCAUCGUGUCAAUAAUCUGCCUCUCGUCACUCCAUCCGUGUAUGCCGAGAUGGCACUCGUGAUUGGGGAAUAUCUCCGUAAACAGCAGACUCGGCUUUCUGGAGCCCUAGUGGACUUGCAACAUAUGGACGUGCAACGACCGUUUGCGACAAAGAGUAAAGGGAAAGGUCCCCAGCUUUUGCAAUGCCAUGCCAUGCUUGAUUGUGAGACCUUCCAGGGAUCUGUGGAAUUUUGGAGUGUCACACUAGAAGGUAAGAAGUUAGUGAGACACGCAAUCGCUAGCAUCACGUUCCCAGAUGCAAAGGCCGCUCAGGAGGAGGUCCAGCAGCGUGCGGAGAGUAUUCUACAGGAAAUGGAAGACAUGGCCGCAAGAGUCAAUACUGAUGAGCGAGUACAAAAGUUCACCGGCAAGACCGGAUACAACUUGGUAUCAUCACUGGCCUCCUAUGACCCCGAGUACAUGGGUGUUUCCUCGGUGCUCCUGGACAGUGCCCGGUUGGAAGCUGUUGCGACUGUUAAAUUCAAUCAUCCUCGAGCAGAUGGGGUAUACCAUGUAAAUCCAUACCUGAUUGAUAAUCUUGGACAGCCGGCUCUCUUCGUUAUGAACGCUAAUGACCAAGCCGAUCUCAGCAAAGAAGUAUUCGUCAACCACGGCUGGAAGUCCCUGCACUUCUACAAGCCGCUGUCAAUCAAUAAUACCUACCGAUCACACGUUCGGAUGAGCGGGCCAGAUGCUGAUGGCCUGUAUGGCGGAGACAUGGUCGUGUUCGAGGGUAAGGAAGUUGUCGCCCUGUACAAGGGUAUAAAGGCACAAGGAGUCCCACGAAGGCUCAUGGAUUAUAUUGUUCACAUGCGAGACGAUACCAAAGCCGGUGCUCCUGCUGGGGGAACUCUUAAUGCUGGCCAUAUUGCUGCACCGAACUCAGAAGCCGAUCCGUUAACAGAGACUGUCAGUACAGCCAACGGCCCAGAUAGUUGGAAAGCCGCACUCAAGAUAAUAUCGGAGGAGAGUGGUGUCCCGAUCGCCGAACUGUCGCCCGAAGCAGCAUUCGAUGAUCUAGGCGUGGAUUCGCUUCUUGCGUUGCUCUGCGCCAGCCGCUUCCGCGAGGAACUAGGCUUGCACUACGAGUCAUCUAUCUUCCUGGAUCAUCCCACCAUCAAGGAGUUAGAAGCAUUCUGGAAGCAGGGGGCACCCGAGAGCGGAACAGUCACUGUGAGCGGCCGCGACGCUGUCCUAAACUCCAUGUUUGCCGAAGCAGAGGCAGAGGUCGACCAAGACAAGAGCAGUAGCGACGGGGACCGAUCAUCACUAGGCACCAGUUCGUACGAAGUCAUCAAUGCCAACACGACAGAAACCACAGCGGAGAUCAGCAAAACUUCUUCACUCAAGAUUUCCGCAACCUCGCUUCUCCUACAGGGCAGCCCAGCUCUGCCCUCAACAGUCAAGACUCUAUUCCUGCUCCCAGACGGCUCCGGAUCGUGUUCCUCCUAUGCAGGGCUUCCGCGUAUCCACCCAUCCAUAGCCGUCGUAGGCGUGAACUGCCCAUUCAUGAAAAGCCCAGAGGCCUACACAUGCGGCAUCGACGAGGUCACACAGAUGUACAUCACAGAAAUCCGGCGGCACCAGCCCCAUGGACCGUAUGCGCUCGGUGGAUGGUCUGUGGGCGGUAUCUUCUCCUACCACAUCGCACAGCGGCUGUCAGCGCAAGGCGAGCAAGUCAGCGAGUUGAUUCUCAUCGACUGCCCGGUCCCCAAGGGUCUGGACCACCUCCCACGCCGCUACUACGAGUACUGCGAUACAAUCGGGCUCCUUGGCGACGUGAACGGAGUGAAAAGGAACCCGCCACCCUGGCUGAUUUCCCAUUUCGAAGCUUGCGUCAACAGUCUGCAUUCGUACCACGCAACACCCUUCGCGUCUGACGACGUGCCCCGUACACAAAUCAUCUGGGCCUGCGACGCGAUCGACAAACACUGCGAACCAAAGUUCAAGCGCCGACCAGACGACCCGGAAGGACUGAAGUUCCUCACGGCGACUAGAAUUGACUUUGGUCCCUGUGGCUGGGAAACUCUCCUCCCGGAAGAGGAUAUCACCUUGGAUAGGAUGACGGGGGCCAAUCAUUUUAGUAUGAUGAAGGGGGGAUUUGCGAAACGCUUGAGUGAGAUGAUUGAGGGAUUUUUGAUGAUUGGAAAUUGA